UUGGUGACAUUCCUCAGGUUGACGCUGUGCUGCCGGUACUGUCGCCUCAGCUUCUGCGUCAGAUUCAGAACAGAGACUUCAGCAGAGAGAUUCAGAACAGAGACUUCAGCAGAGAGAGUGAGUGGGAGAAACGCUACAACUGCUUUGCCCACUCGAUGAUGCUAGACCAGCAUGUGGAGUACGGGAGCAAGAAUGGGUUCUGCCGUGCCGUUUGUCCUGCCAGAUUCCCGGAGGAGAGCCAGGGAGUGAUGCUGCUAAGACCUUCACUGUCUAUCCAGAGGGAUCCGCAGGUGCUGGUGGUGGAAUCUUGCUUGGACAGUGUGGAUGGCAAGCAGUCAGGGUUCCAGUCAAAGGUGGUGGUGAUCCAUGCCCAGGACACCAGGGAGGAUGCACUGCAGCUUGCAUCUCAGCUGAGGAAUCCCAUGGAGGGCAACAGAUUGUAUGUGUUGCUUCUGCAAGAGUCUAAGAAGAACACACAAGUUAAGAGCAGCCUGAGGUGUGAUCCAUGGAACAGCAUCCACAAGUGGUUCAUCAAGGUUGAUGCUGUGCUGCCGGUACUGUCGCCUCAGCUUCUGCGUCAGAUUCAGAACAGAGACUUCAGCAGAGAGAUUCAGAACAGAGACUUCAGCAGAGAGAGUGAGUGGGAGAAACGCUACAACCGCUUUGCCCACUCGAUGAUGCUAGACCAGCAUGUGGAGUACGGGAGCAAGAAUGGGUUCUGCCGUGCCGUUUGUCCUGCCAGAUUCCCGGAGGAGACCAGCAGCAGCAGCAGCAGCAGCAGCAGCAGCAGCAGCAGCACACAAGAGGUGUUUUCUGUAUGAUGAUGAUAAUGGAAAAACAUGUUAUAAGCAGGGCAACGUAAUGAAAUUCAGUGAAUGGACGUGUGUGCGUGGCUGCAAUCACUAUGAAAUUAAGUUGAAAAUAAGAAAUAUAUUACUUUACAGAAAGGAAUGCUUAGAGUGAAUGAAAUUACUGUAAUGAAUGAAUGGAAAUAAAGUUGUGAGUCAUUAAAUGAUUAGGAAAAGAAGCUGUGAAUAGGUGCAUUAUUGUUAUUACUGAAAGGAAGAAUAUUUGUAGGAUAUGUCAUGUAUAUUAUCAAAGUGUUUUCAUUCUUACUUUCUUCUUUCUCUUUCAUCUUUUCUUAGUAUAUUUAAGUGAAUUUCUCUCUCUCUCUCUCUCUCUCUCUCUCUCUCUCUCUCUCUCUCUC